UGAACCCCAUAGAUCUCUCUCUUCCCUCUCGCUCUUUCUUUCCCGUAGACCUCUCUCUCCUUUUCACAACCUUGAAACCCAAAUCUUGAACCCAUACCUGUCUUUCAUCUUCAUAAUCUCAAAUCCAACCACCACCACUACUAUGUCAGUUGUCUCUCUCCCUCUCGUUCUAAACGAAGGGCAACCACACGAAUCUCGAAGCUGACGCGAAUCAAGUCCCAAAAUCAAGAUGAAUUAAAGAAGAUCAACGGACAGAAAUUAACAAGGGAUGUGUGAGAAGUAAUUUGGGUUGUGUGGAUAGCAUACCCCAAUUUGUAAACGGAAAUUGAAUUUCAUGCUUGAAAAGCUGGGAACAUGGUCAUAUGCAUAUAUGGCCGUUGCAGAAGCAGCAGAGGAUUUAUGGGAUCGGUAUGAGACUUUGGGACAGACUAUUCAGGCCUUUUCCAAGCACUUUUGCAUAUCAAUUAUAAUGUCCUUUUUGCUGCUGCGGAGUGCGGAGGCAUUGGCUGCUGCUUUGGAUGAAUGUCCCGAUUCUAUACAGGAGUCUCUUUCUACUUUAUUUUCUCUGUAUAUCCGUGAUGCUGGUUUGACUAAGGAGAAUGUUGAUACCGGUUGGCUGGGUCGACAAGGGGUAGCCUUGGCAUUACAUUCUUCUGCUGAUGUACUCGGAACAAUAGACGUUCCUGUUGUUAUGACAUUUCUUAUUUCAAGAGCACUGGCUGAUCCUAAUGCCGAUGUUAGGGGAAGAAUGAUCAAUGCUGGUAUUAUGAUUAUUGAUAAGCAUGGCAGGGAUAAUGUUUCCUUGCUAUUUCCCAUCUUUGAGAACUACUUGAACAAAAAGGAUGAUGAACCAGCUCUUGUCUCGAGGCUUUUGAAUGAACUGAUGAAGAGUGACAAAUAUGGGGAACACCGUGGAGCUGCUUUCGGGCUUGCUGGAGUGGUCAAGGGAUUCGGUAUUUCUUGCUUGAAGAAAUAUGGGAUUGUAGCUCAACUACAAGAAGGACUUGUAGAUCGGUAUGUAAUUAAAAUGUUGCCACUACUGUUGGUUUCAUUCUCUGAUCAAGUUGUUGCAGUUCGUGAAGGUGCCGAGUGUGCAGCUCGUGCAGUGAUGUCUCAACUUAGUGCUCAAGGAGUUAAACUGGUUCUUCCAUCUCUUUUGAAGGGUCUUGAAGAUAAAGCUUGGCGAACAAAGCAAAGUAGUGUCCAACUGCUUGGGGCUAUGGCCUAUUGUGCUCCUCAACCGCUGUCUCAGUGUCUCCCUAAGAUUGUUCCAAAAUUGACUGAGGUUUUAAAAGAUACACAUCCUAAAGUACUUUGAGCUUGCACUUCCUGAUAUUAUCCGAAACUGUUCUCAAAAAAAAGCAUCUGUCCGUGAUGGAUAUUUAACAUUAUUUAAGGUGAAGCUACUGCAAGUAUUUGUUUUACCUGCUCUGUUUAAUGGUCCCCUUUGUUUGGAAAUUGGUUGUAGUAUUUACCAAGGUCAUUGGGCGUCCAAUUCCAGAACUAUUUACAGCAGGUGCUGCCUGCUAUUUUAGAUGGUCGUGCUGAUGAAAAUGAGUCUACGUGAGGCAGCUCUAGGUGCAGGGCAUAUUCUGGUUAAGCAUUACGCAACAACGUAAGCACUGCCCUGGUUGAUCAUUGUGAUGUCUCUCGAAUGAAUUGUUUGUUGGAGCUGGAGCCUUCUGAUCACGCUUCCUCGUCCUCCAAAGUCGAGCACAUUAGGGCCCAGGACGAGAAGAUGAGUAUGAUUGUACGGGCCUUAACAAUGUCCGGCCUCCAAAUCCCGAUGCCAGCAUCUAAUCUUGCUCCACCUUUGACUUCCUAGCCACUUCGUCCAACCGAUACCCAGUAGCAUGAUGUAUUAAACCUAGAAGACUUGUAGUUUUUUCUUUUUUGUUCGGACAUCUUGUAUGUUUUCAUAUAUUUUAUAAUUAAAUACUUUUUCUUGGUUUAUUAA